GGGGAUAUCCGACAAACAAUUGAUUGAUCUCAGGCACGUAACUUUUAAUCAGUGUUGUAGUUACUUCCUUGACAAUUCUGCGGCGUCUAAAUUACAAGGAAAUACAAGUGGAAUUAUAAGUGCUGUCGGGCCUGUAUCCAUAGGCAUUCAUCGCAUUUCGAGAGAGGAAUAGGAACAUCUGUGCAAACGUUCACACCCGAACACCGCUGUGCCGCGUAAUGGCGGUGACAGACAAGAUGACCUUGAUAUUUGCCAUGGCGUUCUCCUACGUUCAGAUAUACUCCACAACCGGUACGUCCUUGACCUUGACCCGGGAACCUUCAGAGGCAUUUCCGGGUAUGUCGCUUCAAUUCAAGUGUGACGUCACGACAGAAAACAGACAACCUGAAGGACUCUUCUUUCAUAGGAGCGGUUUCUCCAUGUGCACAGUGAAAGUAGACGAUUGUACCCAAUACAUGUCAGCCUCUUGGUCCAAGACACAGUACACCUGCGGGUGCGGCCAACAGACGGACGGCAACUACGUCUACUUCCUCAACGCCUCCUCCUUACACGCCGACGUUGUUGGAGACUGGAGAUGCGAAUAUGAUGGCUUUAGCAACAUUGUCCGUGUUAACCUGACGGAUCCCGAGGGUCCAUCACAGACGCGACUGGACAAGACAGAACUCCAGACUAAGGAGGGAGAAAGCGUCAACCUGACCUGCUCGGCCAACUGUCUCCCCGACUGUCGGUACAGCUGGACCAAGGGUGGACAGGACCUGACCAGUCAGACCAGGGGGAUUCGGGGUCAAGUCCUGGCUCUGAACGGAGUGGUGGGCGACGACAGCGGCAACUACACCUGCACAGCCGUCAACCCUUCUUCCAACAAAGCAAGCAACGUCUCCAUGAACCUUCAUGUACUGACCGGCCCGAAGAGGAAACUUGAUGCAGCCUUCACGCCAACACUGAAGACCAUGACAGGUCAAACAGCCAGACUGGAGGUGACGUUGUCCGGCGACCCAUGGCCAGAUGUCAGCUGGUGGAAGAUUGAAGAGGGUGCUCUGACCCCCGUGAACGAUGGCGCUGUGGAAGCGGUGCGUCAAGACACCCCGGAGAGAACGAUGGGCAGUGUGACUUUUGUGCUGGAGGUGAAGGUGGAGACAGACGACGACCUGGGCAUGUACUGUGUCUCAGCCGAGAACAUCGUGGAUAGGACCUUCGUCUACAUCGAUCUGCAAGGCGAAGAACUGUUGACGUUUUGGCCCGGUGUCGGUGCUGGUGCAGGUGCCAUGCUGCUUGUCGUCAUCGUCGUGGCCGUCACCUUCUGCAGAAAAUACAAGGAGUUGAAGAGAGCGCUGGAUUCGCCGUACGCCUCACCACAAAUGAUCGCCAAUGCGGUGAUGGAUGCCAAUCUAUACCAGGAGCUCCCCUCCCCACACUCAUUGAGGAAACGGCUGCAGGAGGAGGGAUACAUUCUGCCGGUUGGAGGCACUGCUGAGGUGUUUUCGACUAAGGUUGACAUGAAACCAAUUGACGGCACUCACCCCAUCUCGAAAACUAAUUCGAUCUACGACCACAUUCGCGACGAUAACAUUGUGUCCAAGUAAGAAACACUACCUCAUUGGCCAGCCCUGUCGAAGGUAAUCAAAGUCACAUCAAAGAACACUGCUAGUCAUAAGUUCACUUCAGAAACGACGUUUCCGAGUCACAGACAACGUUUCUCAGUCAGCAGAACAGGCCAGCAGAUUUUUCCAAGAACCGUUUUGACUCUCUGAGGUUACACAAGUGGUGUUACAUUCUCCAGUUUUUUUCCCCUCCAAAACUUACCAAUUGUUGUACAUGACCUGAUAGUGGUUGAGCUGACCUGAAUCCAAGAAUCUCCCCUCAUCCACAACCACAUCCACAACCUCAACCUCAACCUCCCCACCUCUCCCUUCUAAGAACACAGUCUUUACCUAACAUUUAAAUUUCAACCGUCAUCCUGACCCUCCCUGAACCCAAUCCUAAUUAUCUUUCUCCUCCCUGAACCCAAUCCUAAUCUUUCCCCUUCCUGAACCUAAUCCUAAUCGUUCACGUCCCUGAACCCAGUCCGAAUCUUUCCCACCCGGAACCCAAUCCUAAUGUUUCACCUCCUUGGACCCAAUCGUUAGACUAAGGCUGACCAUUGCCCGCUCCACAGUUAUCACACCAUUCUUACUCUUCACUCAUCGCGGAGCGGUGGGGUAGCCUAGUGGUUUGUUCGUCACGUCGAAGACCCAGGUUCGAUUCCCCACAUGGUUACAAUGUGAAGCAUGUUUCACUCAUCAACUCAUUCCAACUUUGGCUCGUUCUAUGUUUAUACCUAUCCUAUUCCUCAUCCCCAAACCAGCAAUUGAACCAUUGUUACUUUAUUUUCUCAUCAUCAUCUUCUGUUUUAUUAUUAUUAUUAUUAUUAUUUUUAGCAUAUAUAUCGCUCUGUAAAUAUGGCCCGACUAUUUGAUAUUCUACAAAGAGGUGGAGGAGUUGUAUGAAGAACAGAUAUAAUUCCAGCUUCAUCUGUUAAACAUUUACCUUUUUAUUAAAACAAUUGUCCUAAAUAUGUUAGGUUUACCUCUAGCUACAAUGUAUAUUUAUGGCAGACAUAUUUUUAUUGGGCCUGGUGCUUUGUUAUUUUGGGACAAUUUAUACUUUUCAUUAAAAUCCCAGGACGGUUAAUUUGGUAUAUUCAAACCGUAAUAUUCCACGCAAGAGAAUAAUCUGUAUCGAUUAUAUAUCGAAACAGAUUCCACUGGGCAUAAAAAUCAAAACAGUGAUUAAACCAGGGAACAUUGUGAUAUCCAGAGAUCCUAUCUGUUGAAAUUUGAUGUAAAGGUUGGAUCACGAUAUAUUAGAGAAUCACUCACAGUCUGUAAAUAAUACAUUAUCCUAAUUUGAGACGUACUGUUUUGUUAUUUUGUUAUGUGUAAAUAAGAUGAUAUAUCACUUUUUAAACUCAAUUUCACGCUUUUGUUUGUUCACUGGCAGUAUAAUAAACAGUGAAAGUACUGUGCUUUCCUUCGGACAAUCGUGUUUAUGUUUCACUUAUGUUUUAUAAGAUUAAAAUAGAAAUGCUUUUUACAA